UUCUCUCUCUCUUAAAAAUAGUCUACAAAACCGGACUUGUAUAAAUAACCAAAAGCACCUCAUAGAGAUAUUGUUCUCUCUCCCCCUUCUCUCUCUCUCCCUCUCUGUUUUCAAAGCUUUGAUUGAAAAUGUCUGAUCACACUUCAACAUGGCACUCGACCAUCACAAAGCUACGAUUCUUUACUCGAAUCCGACGGUUCCUCAACCCCAAGAGUUCCAUCAAGCCAUCUGAGCCAUCAAACACCACAGCCAAAGUUGCAGACAUGAAUGAUCAAGAAGAAGAAAAGAAAGAACAAGAGAUGGUAAUUUUGCAAAGGGCAGUUAAGAAGCUUCUCUUCGGGAGCCCCGAAGAAAAGGAUAUUGCUGCUAAAGAUAUCAAAAACCUCGCGGCAGAAGCGUUGAGUAGGCGAAAAUUAAUGGCCGAGCUAGGUGUGAUUCCACCACUGGUGGCAAUGGCUGGAUCAGAAGCCACGGCACGACAGAGGCUGGCAGUUCAAGCGCUUACUGAGCUCGCUAACGGCACUUACACGAACAAGGCACUGAUAAUGGAUGCAGGAAUCUUAUCAAAACUACCCGGGAAUAUCGGUGUUUUAGAUGAAGAAACAAUGCAUGACUUUGCACAGCUAGUCCUGUCUGUAUCUUCCCUAGCCAACAGCCAAUUUCCAGUAAACUCGUCGAUGAUGGUUCCUUUUGUGAUCUCCGUGCUUGAAUCAAAUUCAAGUCUUGACACGAAAGAAUAUUGUUUAGGCACAUUAUACAAUCUUUCUAAUAUGCUAGACAAUGCAAACACUCUGGCUUCAGAUGAAGUGUUUAACAUCCUCUUGAGACUCUCUUCGGUUAAACAAACAUCAGAAAAAGCUCUGGCAACCUUAGGAAACUUAGUAGUGACCUUAACAGGGAAAAAAGCACUGGAAAGUAGUCCAAUGGUUCCCGAGAGCUUGAUAGAGAUCAUGACAUGGAAUGAUAAGCCAAUAAGCCAAGAAUUAUCUGCUUAUGUCUUGAUGAUUUUAGCACAUCAAAGCCCGGUACAAAGAUUGAAAAUGUCGAAUGCAGGCAUCGUUCCUGUUCUUCUUGAAGUUUCCUUGUUAAGUAGUCCUCUGGCACAAAAAAGAGCAUUGAGAUUGUUACAAUGGUUUAAAGAUGAACGACAAACAAAAAUGAGGCCUCAUUCGGGACCUCAAACGCAAAGAUUGUCCUCUGGCUCUCCGGUGAAUCAAAGAGAAGUGAGUGAAGGAAAGAAGGUGAUGAAAAACAUGGUGAAGCAAAGUCUGUACAAAAAUAUGGAAUCAAUGGCUCGUCGUGCUCAUGGCGAUGAAAGCUCUUCUAAGCUCAAGUUUUUGGUCAUUAGUUCAAGUUCUAAGAGCUUGCCUUAUUAGAAUAAGGGAUUUUCUAUGGUGUGCCCAAGAGCACACAAUAGUCCCUAACUCCAAUAAAAAUAGCUCCUUUUGAUUGGUGGAUGAGUAAUAAAUGAUAAUGCCCCCCCUGCAUUCACAUCACCUCCACCAAUCAGAAUAG